UAAAAAAAGGUGUUUGAAAAAAGGCGCGAGAAUUUACGGAAAUUUUACACGUUUAUGUCGUAAAAUUUUGUUGAUUAGAUUUACAUGCUCUCCAAAGCAGCCGAUUUUUAGAAUUCUUGAUCACAUUCUGUAGAGGAAAACAGACACAGGCAGUUAAUAGUGACGAGGAUUAUUUUCCAGUGCCAGGACAAGGCUGUGUUGAAUAACAGAGAGAGCAGGUAAAGAUCAAGCAUGGUUUGAUGAACUAUUGGAAUAUUUCUAUGGGACACAGAUAGAAAUCGGAGAAUGAAAUAAAGAUUUAUCUACAGAUAAGUGGAAUACAGACAUGUAGUUCAGAUUAUAUAGACAGAAGAUAUUGUUGUAGCCUUCCCCUUUGUUCACUACUGAAGUAUGACAUAGAAACAGAUAUAAAACAUCCAUAGUUUGCAGUGUAACCAUGACAUUCCUAAGUAGUUUAGCUAUAUUUUCACUGUUGUGGACUGGUGUGUGCCUCUCAAUUACAAAACGAAAGUAUGGUAAUCCACCUAGUAUAACUUUAGAACCAAAGAAGGCCUAUUGUUCCCUGCCUGCCUGUGAUAUAGGAGAUACAGUGACUAUCUACUUUAAAGUAGAGGAGAAAAUUAAAAUUACAUGUAAUGCCAGUGGACGACCUGAUGUCACAUAUAAAUGGACCAAAGAUAAUUUAGACUUUGAUACAAAUUCACCCAGAGUAAGUGUGGAAAAUGGCAUAGGAACUCUAAAAAUAACUAAUGCUUCUAAGGCAGACAAUGGGAUUUAUCAGUGCUUUGCAACCAAUACAAAGGGGACAGCACUCAGUAAGAAAGCUAAUGUCGUAAUGACAAUUAACGAUGUGUUCAAAUCAGUGAUUAGACCAGAAAAACGUGAUGUCAAUGAAGGGAUGCCGUUAUCAUUAAAGUGUAAACAGCCUCAUGUAGUCCCAAAACCUAGUGUAUAUUGGACCUUCAUUGAGGAAUAUUCUACAGCAAUACCUCCUAAAAUUCCUAAUGAUAAAAGAGUUGCAAUAGAUUAUGAAGGAACUCUUCAUUUUGCCAACGUAAAGAAAAGUGACGUUAAAGGAGAAGGAAAGUUUGUAUGUAAUAUGCACAAUGGUGUUUAUCGUACGUCCAGUGAAGGAGAAGAUAAAAUAGUCAACGUAAUAUCAAGUGAAUCAGUAAAUGGAGUGUCGUUACUAUGGCGAUCAGAUGCUACUGUUUUGGGUUUGAAGAAUGGAGAAGCCAAAUUUAUGUGUAUCUUUGCUGGAAAAGCAACACCAGAUAUAGUAUGGACAAGAAAGGGAGGUAUGAAAUUGAACAGCAGAAUGAAGGUCUCUGAACAUGGACAAGAAUUGAUUAUAGAACACCUUGAGUUUGCAGAUAAAGGAGAAUAUGAAUGUAGUGCUACCAAUGAUGUGACGUCUACACCAGUUGUUGCCACUUUUACACUACAAGUAGAAGCCAGACCCUAUUUUGUGAAGGAACCAAAAGAUGUUGUAAUAGGGGUAGAAGAGGAUGCUGAAUUCUUAUGUAUGGUAGAAGGUAUUCCAGCUCCUGAUGUCAAUUGGUUCAUCAAUGGUCAACCUAUCAAUGAGGCACCUCCAAACCCUAGAAGAACAAUUCAGAAAGACCGUCUGGUAUUCAAGAACGUAACAGACGGAGAUUCACAAGUUAUCCAAUGUAAAGCUUCUAACAUACAUGGAUCAUUGAUGGCAGAUGUCUACCUGAAUGUGUUAGCGUUAAAAGCAUUAGUAACCGAUGGUCCUGGAAAAGUGAAAGUUGCUGAAGGAAAUUCUGUCACACUGAAAUGUGAACAUAAUGGUAAACCUGAUCCAGCACUGAAAUGGAUGAAAAACAAUGUACAGCCUCUAAACACGGAUAGAUAUGAAUUUACUCACAAUACUAUCUUGAUAAAGGUAAAUUGGUCAAAUACAGAUAGAUAUGAAUUUACUCACAAUACUGUCUUGAUAAAGAAUGUUCUGAAGAAAGAUAAUGGUAAAUACACCUGUAUAUCCUCCAAUAGAUUUGGUAGUGACAACAAAACAGGGGAACUUAUAGUUAGAAAAAAAACUAAAGUGACUCUGAGACCAGUUGAAAGAAGUCUUGCAUAUGGAGAAGGUGCAAUUUUUAAUUGUCUGGCUACUAGUGACCCAUCUGAACAGCAAUUCUUAGAAAAAUUAUGGUACAAAAAUGGAGAGCGUAUAAAUAACAACGAUGAUGAUGGCAACAUACAAAUCCUCGAGAAUGGGGACACUCUGUCGAUUGUUAAAACUAGUAGUAAAGAUUCAGCUAAUUAUUCAUGUGUCGCUGAUAACAAAGUAGAUUCAGACACUGGUAUAAGUCAGCUCAAGGUCAAAGCGCCACCAGAUCCACCAAAAGACCUGACUAUCAAAACAUGUGGUAAUCUAAAGGUGACAUUAUUUUGGAGACCUGGAUUUGACAACUAUAUGCCAAUUUCAAAUUAUGUCAUUUUUUCCAAGACCAAUUACGACAAUGCUUAUAAAAAGAUAAAUGAAACUAUAGGUACUGUGAAUGAAUAUGAACAGAAACUAUCUGCCUUUGCUAACUACACAUUCCAAAUCAAAGCCAGAAACCAGCUAGGAGAAAGUGUAUUUUCUAACAUCACACCCAUAUGUUCUACAAAAGCUGCUCUUCCUGAACAACAUCCAACUAAUGUGAGGAUUGUAGAAAACAUGACAGGAAAACUAGUUAUUGAAUGGGAUCCAGUUGAACCUAUUGACCAAAAUGGACCAGAUUUCAAGUAUGUGAUAAUUACACAAGAUAAAGCUGGGAAUAAAAAAUCAUAUGAGGUAACAGACUGGAAGACUACCAGGAAGGAAAUUGAUGUGAAUAAUAUAUAUAAAGAGUAUAAAGUACAAGUGAAAGCAGUGAACAGUAAAGGAGAAGCAGCAAUACCACCUUUGGUAUACACAGGACAUUCUGGAAUGGGAGUACCUACAGUAGUACCAGGAAACUUUGAAGUUGAUCCUGAUGCACCAUAUACACAUGAAACAAUAGGUCUCAGAUGGGACGCAGUCGACAUGUCUGAGGAAACAAUGCAAGGAAAUUUUGAUGGAUACAAGAUACGAUACUGGCAUAUGGACAAACCUGAUAAGGUUAAAGAGAUUCAGGUAGAGGUUCCUGGUACUAAUAAAAAGGGGAGAAGAAAGAGGAGGCAAGCUACAGCAGAAAGUAAAAUUAGGAGAACAGUUCGUCUUCCACCUAAUGCUGAUUUACAGUUAGAUGUUGUUGCUAGAAAUACAUACCUUGAUUCUAAUGGGAGUAAUAAGAUUAAUAUAACGACUCCAGAGGGAGUACCUGGGCCUGUUCAAAGUUUAGAAUCUAUGUACAGAAGUGGUCAUUUUGUCAAAAUUAAAUGGGAGAAACCAAAAGAAGAAAAUGGAGAAAUAGUUGGAUAUGAUAUAGAAUAUGAAGAAAUAACAGGAUUAUUUGCAUCUAGUGUUAUAGGACUUGGUGUGGACAAAGAAUCUAUACCUGUUCAGUCAGAACCUGAAUGGGUAGAAGAAAGAAAACAGUAUGAAUUUGGCGUACCUGGACUUGAGCUUAAUACUAAUUACAGAAUAAAAGUUUGGGCUAAAACUAAAACAGGAAGAGGUGACAUUGAAUUUGUAGAUGUCAAAACUGCUGCUGAAAAUAUGCCUACUGUCCCUGAGAUUCUGUAUGCUCUCCCAGAUAAAACAUCUAUAAAUGUUACCUGGCAGAUUAACAAAGGAGAUGUAGCAGGGUACCAUUACUUUGUGGAAUACAGAAAAUAUGGAGAACACAAAUUUAAAUCAGGGCCACCUGAAAAGAGAAAUACUUGGUCUGUCAUAAAUAAUUUGACGUCUGGUAGUUCUUAUGAAGUUAAAGUGGUUGCUGAAAGUGGAAAAUUUAAAGCUCGUAGUGAAAUUAGACUUGUAACGACAGCAAAGACUGAUGAGGUAGCAUCUGCUGUGUAUAAUGCAGAAUGGUUCAUCAUCAUGAUGGUGGUCUUAGCUUUACUUAUUCUUAUAUUAUUUAUAGUGUGCCUUGUAAAACGCAGCAGAGGAGAUAAAUACCAUGUACAAGAAAAAGAGAAAUUAAGAGGAUUGGAGAAUGAUGAGAAGAAGACAGCUCAAUAUAAUGGAUUUAAUGACAAUGGUGAGACACAACCUUUAGCCGGUAGUCCUGAUGAUUAUGACAAAGGUCCCCUAGAGAGUGAUAAAGACAGUCUAGAAGAAUACGCUGAUCCUGAUCCUAGUCGAUUUAAUGAAGACGGUUCAUUUAUAGGACAGUAUGGUGCAGAAAAAAUGACAGCUUCAGACGUGGCCGCACCAUCGGCCAUGCAUACAUUUGUGUAGCAUAUACUCAUUAGGCAUCAAUCAUUAUAACAUAAAUGUGAAUGGAUCUUUGGAUGAGAAAAAUAGAGAAGUGUUUGUCGUGGGUGAUGCUUAGUUAGAAAAAUAUUCAUUCUCAUUUUGCCGAAUUUUCUGAUAUAGUGACAGAUUUGAUUUCCUUGUAAAAGACUUAAACAAUUGAUACAAGGUUAUUCUAAGCACAAAUGGAAGGAAGGUUAUUAUAUUUAUUUCAAGCUGAUAUAGUAUCACUUUACAUGCUGUCUGAUUCAUACAAAGAUACACACCAUAUUUAGAAUGUCGAUGGAUAUAGGAUACACACCAUAUUUAGAGUGUAGAUGGAUAUAGGAUACACUGUCAAGUAUCACAAUCUUAUACUGUGGAUUCAAUUUUUUUCGUGGGUACCAAUUUUCAGGGUUUAAGGAAAACUUACAAAUUCAUGAAUAUUUAAUUUCGUGGUUUUAGCAAAGUCUAUAGUCAUUCCUUUAGAAAAUUUGAACAUUUGAAUUCGUGGUUCUCCUGUACCCACAAAAUCCACGAAAAUUGGUAUCCAUCGAAUAUUAAUGAAUCCACAGUAAGCUGUUUUAUCCUUCAAGUUUUCAGUUUUCAUUCCUUAGUGCUAUUAUUUUCCAGAUUGAUAUUACAGGAGUAAUAUGAUAUUUAUAUAAGCUUUACAUUCCAAUAAAACUUCGGGGACCAUUGAUGUGCUUAAUCCCAGUGAUUUUAGGUUAAAGGUUGUGUCGUGUACCAGGUUCGGCUAUACAUGUUGUGGAUAUAUAUAUCUAUAUAUAUUGAAGAUAAUCUCAUAAUAGACAAUUUAAACAAUGCUUGUAUGUUUGUGUGAACAAAGUCUCUGAAUUAUAUAAAUUAGUUAUUGUUUUGUAUAUAUGUAUAUUAAACUUUGUAAUUAUUUUUUAUUUGUUUAAAAGGUUAGUUAAACUUUUAUUAAAAUGAAUUAUGGUUGAAAUUUCAUUUGUCAAGCAGGGAUAGGAUUUUUAUAAACUGUACACCAAAAAUGGAAAAUAUAUCUAAUCAAUAUUUUUUUCAAAAACCGAAACCUCAGUAUUACCUUAAAAUAGGAAAUUUGUGAUGAUGCACAUAAGAUAUAUACCUCUAGAAAAGUUUAAAGUUAUUGUGGAAAAAAAUACAUUUUUAUAAACUUGAACAUAGAAAUAUAUCUACUAUCACUGUAUACAGUUCGACAAGCUAUUGUUUGCUUCAUUAAAUCAAGUUCACUGUCUCAUAAAUUGUUUGGAUUUUCCUUGAUUUAAAAUAUUCAUGUGUGCUCUUCAGCAAAAGCUUUCAAACUCAGUAGGCAGCCAAGACUAUUUAACCCCUGCAGUAAUUUUAAGGUAUAUUUAUUGUACAGACAUCUCAUUAUGUUUUAGUUAUAUACUUAGCCAGGUUUUUAAUCAAAAGUGUUGUUUAAUAUGUUGAAGCUAGUCAGUUAAUGAAUCAAAAGUAUUUUAACUUUUGACAUUAUUAUUAUUAUACAUUUCUAGUUUUCUAUUUAUUGCAAUGCAACCAUUAACACUGACCUAUAUAAGUCAUUGUCACAGGGGUUUUGUGAAAUCAUGUUGCAAAAAUAAAAAUGAUAUUUUCAACAAUAUACUAAACAGUUUUCGCUUUUGCUUUUUGAAAUAUUUUGCAAUAAAAAAUUACAGUCAUUUCUUAUAAUUUAAUUCUAAAUUCCAUUUUAAACCAGAGUAAAUCAUGAAAAACAUUGAUAACAUCAUGGUCACAUGACUAAAUUAUGUCUAUGACCUGACAGACAAAAUACUGUCAGCUAAUCAGAAGAAGCCUUACAUCCAAAAUUAAAUUAUUUUUUGAUAACUGAAAUUUUGGGUUGUGGUCCAUAUGAAACAUUGUAAGAUUACUAGUUAUAAAUGAAUCCACAGAGCAAGAAAAGUUAUUAACAACUUUUGUUUUAGAAAAUUUGUUCUACAUCAUGUCCCAGUUCAGAUUGUAAUUUCAUUUGUACACCUUUUCACUUCCUUCCUGUAUUAAAUGUUUUAAGUGUAUAUGAUGGAUGGUUUAUUUAUAGCUUUAAAUGUGAAAUAGACAUGUAACUGCCAUGUUGUGCUAGCUUGAAAGAUAAUUGUUUGUUUCAUUACAUCUGGGCAUAAGAAAUUUAUACUUCCAGCAAAUAUAUUCCAAUUGUUUGUUUUACUACAUCUGGGCAUAAGAAAUUUAUACUUUCAGCAAAUAUAUUGCGUCAAGUUAAAGCCAGGUACCUUUGAUGUAACAAUACAGAUAUUUAUCCUUUUUUCCUCAUCAUUGUUAUUAUAUUUAGUUGUGUCGAUUUAAUAGAUUUAUACAAUAUAGAAAUUUGUCUCAUAAUCUGUUUAAUUAUGUGAUGCUGCCUUUCAAUGGUUAAAUAAAAAAUGGCAGCAAUGUAAAACAAUUAAAAAUAAAGAGAAGGGUUUUGGCCAGUACACAGUGUUUAUGAAUUGCUGAUCACAAUUUUUGUGUUUAAAGAAAAAAGAAUAUAGAAAAACAUGAAAACAAAGUACAUGUAACUUAUUCUGAGUGAAUAUCUCCAUCCAAUUUCUAAAGAAACAAAAUAUAUAGUUCUAGCUUUUGUAUUUAUUACCAAGUGAUAUUGAUUUUAGGAUAUUGCUUGUUUUAAUUCAUUUGUAAGUUUUACAUGUGUGUAUAUGUAUAUAUGUAUUUGUUGAUUUAUUUUAUUUUGGUGCAAUUAUCACUAAAAUGUGGUAUUCAUUUUCAUUUUAUGGUAAGAGCUGUUUCAUUAAAACAUACAUGGUACCAAAGGGAGGAAACUCUCAAAAUAGGGUUACUGCCCUUUAGUUACAAUUAUAGAAUUUCACUUAUAUUUUCACUGUACUAAAAUGUAUAUGACACCCAACUACUUAGAUAUUUCAAAGUGCCUGUCUUAGAUUAAGUGUAUAUUUUGAGGAAUAACUAAUGACAAAUUCACUAGCAUUAAUAACAGCUUGAUUUUUCAAGAUUUUUUCACUUCAUGUCUAGAUCUAGAUAAUAGGUUGUACACGUUUUAUAAGAAUAAAUAAAACCAGACAUUUUUUUGUCAGAAUCACAGAUGGUUGUCUCCCUUCCCUGUCUUUUGCAAACAGCCAAAGAAUGUUUUUAUUUUGGCAAUAGUGAGAGAAGAUUUAAUCAUUUAUCUUUUACAGUCAUUAUAAAGUCUAAUCUAUUAAUAGAAAUAUUCAUUGACCUUUUAUUUCUUUUAAGCUUUUUUUUUUUUUUUAUCCCCCCAAAAAUUAUUAAAUAUUUCAUCUCUUAUUUUUAUGUGCCUGGUAAAUUUUAUCUAUAAAACGUUGUCACUUUAAUAUGCUUACUCAAAAUAUAAAGGAUUUGCAUCUGAUUUACGUUUAUAUUCUUUUAAAAAUUGAAUAAUAGUGGCAACUCUCCCAACGAAAUAGGGGGACAAUUGCAAUUUCAGGUAAAUCUGCUUACAAAUAUAUAUGCAUCAGAUAUCAGAAUUUGAGUUCUGAUUACAGUGGCGGAUCCAGCCAUUUUUAAAAGAGGGGGUUCCCAACCCAGACUUAAGGGGGGGGUUCUAACUAUAUGCUCCCAUUAAAAUGCAUUGAUCGUCCCAAAAAAGGGGGUUCCCCCCUUUGGAUCCGCCACUGCAUUAUUGCAUGAUUGCUAUACUCACUCAGUAAACAUAAGUUGCAUUAAUACAAACCUUGCUAUAAUUUCUGAAUUAACAAUAAAUGUUAAAUUGUUUGUGCCAUUUAUUUGAAUCAAAACAUUCUUAUUAGUAUUGGAUACAGAUUUAUGCAUAUAUUCUAUUUGCAACUAAUUUAUUUUGUGUGCUUUUUUUACGUAUUUUUGUUUGUUUGUAUUUUAUACCAUUUGUUAGACUUUUUAUAGCAUUCACAUUGGUUGUUUUUUCUGCAUGUCAAGGUCACAUUGUAAGAGCUAUCAUUCUAUUUUAGCAUGAACAUUUUUUAUAUAAUAUCUACAUAGCCUAUGCCUUAUUCAAAAUCUGCAAAAGGUGUGUGUUUUUGUUUAGUUUUACAAGUUUUAUUUAUUUAAUACUUUCAUCUGUCUCAAAUUCAUUUGUUAAACUUUUCAUACAUUCAUUGGUUACACCAGAACUAUAUAUUAGUUAAUCAGUGGUUAAUACUAUUCAAAUUAUAACCAGAGCUUUCCAAAAAUGGUCAGUUAUUUAUUGAAAUAACAUUUGCCCAGGAAAUUUAAGAGAGCUUAUCGUAGUCAAGCCUAUUUUACUUGAGCAAUUUGUAUUUCAGUUGUCCAAUUUUUUUAUGCCCCUGUAGAGGAGGGUUACCAUUGUCCGUCUGUACACCUUUGGACACAUUCCCCAUUUAUUUUCAAAAGAUUGCGUAACUUGCUUAUUGAAUUUACAACUUGGGGAAGAAACUUGGUUAAGAUGUUUGUAUUUUAUGACAUCAAAUAUCCAAAUGUGGCCUGAUAAUGUAUCGAAUCUCGUUUUAUUGAUUUAUUUAUACAUUUCUGUUUAUUUUUUUUACUUUGUUAAGCUUUUCUUUGUUUUUAUGAUAGGCUUACUGCUGUACACAAAAUGCAAUAUAAAUGUUUUGUGUUUUGUUUACUUGUUAAUUAAACCAUAACUUUUUCUCAUAGAACACAUUAUUAUAAAAGGAAAUAAAUUAUUAUCAUUUUUUUUUUCAUAAAUAAGUCAUAGAUAUUUUUAAAUGACAGACUACUAUUCAAGAAGGCUACGUAGACUAAAGACACAAGAUUUCACCAAAAUCACAAAGUUAAAAGACAACUGAAGACUGAUAACACUUAAUUUUAUGUUGCACAGGUAUUUUCUCAAUGUCUUACUUACCCUCUCAGGAUUUAGAUGCAAUACAUUAUAGUUAAAGUUAGAAAAAAGUAAUAAGAUCAUGUUUAAAAAGAUUAGAAUUUAUUCUUAAAUAAUCAAAGAUAUUGUUUGUUAGAAAUGAUAAGAUAUAUUUAUGAUAAAUUAGUUAAUAAUGGCUUAUUGUUAAAAAUAUUUUCAUUUUGUGUGGAUUACUACAACAACAUUUUAGAAGAGUUAUACUUCUUUUCCAGUUUAGUUUUUAUUAUUGGUUAACUUUCCUUUUUAAAAUCUACUUUGUAGAUAUAAAAGAAAUGAUAUCAAUGCAAAAAAACUACAAGAUUAUUUUUUUUUUUAUCUUUUUAGAAUUUCACAAAAAGAUUGUCUGUCUCUGUCUGUAUGAGAUGCCGGAGAUAACAACAUGAAAUGUAUUGUAUUUGUUGUUAUUAAUUGGUUCAGCAAAUACAACUCAUGCUAGGCUUUGAUUUUUUUAUUGAAAGAUAAGCAAAGCAUUGCUUCCAAAGUUUACAGAGCUCAGCUUUAUUAAUAAUAACUAGUUACUCUUUGGGGGUUUAUUAUUUUUAUUCUCAUCUCAUUUGGGCUUUUUUUAUUUGAAAUUCUACAUCUUUAUUAAUUGUAUAAUAGAUGUAAAAGCCUUUUAUCAUAUUUUAAACCCAUAAUAGACCAAAUUUAAUGAAGUAGAAGCAGUUAUUUAUAUGAAUAAGUAUUUUCGAAAUAUAAAGUUCUCUUUAGCUAAAAUCAUACAUUUAUAUGUAAGAUAUUAUCACUAUUGAAGAGAUAUAAAUGAUUUUGUAAUCUACAUAAGUUACUCGACAAAUGGAAUCAUUUAAGUAAUCAUAGAAGUAACUGCACUAUAAUUUUACAAUCUACACAAAUCACAAUCAUGUUCAUCACAACUCUUUAUAGAAGGUACACAGACAGCUUUUGUUAGUGUUAGUAGUUGACAGAUUUAUAAUAGUAAAGCAAUGUAUAAAUCAUGUUCAUAUGUUUAUGUUUUACAUGCAUUUAUUUUUAAAAUGUUUCAUUUGUAUUGUUUGAUGUAUUUGAAAAUUCAAAUAAAGUUUAAAAUCUUGAA